CUCCCCGAUCAACAUCCAGUGCCCGUCCGUCGCUCGUGCCGCACAGACACGCCACGAUAAUGUUCCUAUAAAAGUCGCCGUGUUCGCCAUGUCGUCCAUAUCAGCCCAGGGGGUGGUCGAGCGGGCCUCCGCUGAACUCUCGAAACGCAUCAAUGGAUUGGGGCUCAGUCGGGGCAGCAAACAUCACCCCUCUAAGGGGGGCAGCAGCGUCAUGGAGCGGGUCACUAACGUGUUUUGCGGCGGCAGUAGCGGUCCGGUCGCUGCGCCCGAAAAGCCCUCGAGACUCCUGCCGUCCGCGCGGCAAAAAUUCAUCGGCCCCGGCACUCCGCCGCUACGAAAAUCGCGGCCCCAUCCGGUUUAUUUGAGUUGGGAUCAGCUGAUCAUGGACGAGAGGUUCCUGGGCAGGUUUUUCCAGUACUUCAGUCCGAGUGAACGGUGUUUGUUGGCUCAGGUGUGCGUCCGUUGGCGGGACAUUUUGUACAGGUCGCAACGGUACUGGACAGGGCUGAUUCCGGUGCUGCAGUGUCGCGAGUUACGGGGGUUCCAACCGACCGAGAGGGCUCGCUUGUAUUCUUCGUUGCUUAGGAGAGGGUUUCACAGUUUGUGUUUGGUGGGGGCCUCCAACGAGGACGCCUUGGACUUGAUUAACACGUUCCCGUUGGCCUCCAAACACGUUCACACCCUGAGGCUCAAGUGCUCCAGCAUAGGGGAUCAGGGGUUGGAGAGUUUGAUGGAUCACUUGCAGGUAGCUCUGUACGAGUUGGAACUGGCAGGUUGCAACGAGAUAACGGAGCAGGGGUUGUGGCAGUGUCUGCACCCCCGGAUCGUCUCUCUCACCCUCACCGACUGCAUCAACGUGGCCGACGAGGCUGUUGGAGCGGUGGCCCAGCUACUGCCCGCCCUCUACGAGUUUCAGCUUCAGGCGUACCACGUGACCGAUCAGGCCUUGGGGUACUUCUCGCCCAAACAGGGCAGCAGCUUGGGGGUGCUACGGUUGCACUCCUGCUGGGAAAUCACCAACCACGGGGUCGUCAAUAUCGUGCAUUCGCUGCCGAACUUGACGGUUCUAAGCCUGUCGGGCUGUAGUAAGAUAACGGACGACGGGGUGGAACUGAUCGCCGAGAAUCUACAGAAGCUGCGGUGCCUGGACUUGUCCUGGUGCCCCAGAAUAACCGACGCUGCCUUGGAGUACAUCGCUUGCGACCUUAAUCAAUUAGAAGAGCUCACUUUAGACAGAUGUGUUCACGUGACUGACAUAGGUAUAGGCUACAUUUCCACGAUGUUAUCCCUGCAAUCUUUAUAUUUACGUUGGUGUUCGCAAAUAAGAGACUUCGGACUGCAGCACCUAUGCGGAAUGCGCAAUCUGCAAAUACUCUCGUUGGCAGGGUGUCCGCUGCUGACCUCCAACGGUCUCUCGAGCCUGAUCCAGCUGCGGCACAUGCACGAACUGGAGCUGACCAACUGUCCGGGGGCGUCCCGAGAGUUGUUCGACUACCUGCGCGAGCAUCUGCCCCGUUGCCUCGUUAUAGAAUAAAACGUUUUAACGUUUGACGCGGUUCGCUCUAUUUAUUUCGAUCCGGAGCGGCGCCUUUAAGACAAACAGCGGAUUAACAAAAAUGUCAAUCAUUUUACUACUAAAUGUAAAAAAAGUUCAAAGUAAUGCAUAUAAUAGCGGAGCUUUAAUGCCACACACAGUUUUAAAAGCUUUCGAUUCUAUAUAAAGAGACAUAAAGUAUACAGAGAGGUUUCAGGGUAGGUUGGGUUCCUUGUUCAGUUCUUCUUGGGCCACUAGGACAAAAUGGCCGCCUGUCACUUGUCAAGCGGCCUUCUUGCCCCAGUGGACCGUUCAACAUGGCUCAGAUCGUAAACGGUUUUUUGUCCAUUAAACAUAUUAUACUUAUGUCGAUGUUUUUUAGACGUGCAAUAUAUGUAUAUUUAAAACAAUAAUUUAUUCGAGUCGUACUUAUAUAUAUAUGUUUUCUACUGAGUGCAAUUUUACGAAGUUCCAUUCUCAUAUCAUUUAUUUGAUAGGGAGUAGCGGUUAAGACACUGUAUUUUAGCUUACACCGACUGACGUUUAAAGUUUUCAUUUUCGCUUUAAAACCUUCGAUUGUUGACUGUCACUGUCUAACCUCAAGAUGGCGUUACGCGUCAACAGGUGUGACAGUCACAACUGUCAAAAGGACGCCAUUUUGUCAUCGUCAAAAAAUAAAAUGGCGUCCCUCUGCUGUCAACGAUCAAGGUAAGCCACGGUUACCUUUGUGAUGUUCUUGUACCUAUUCCUACCGAGUUUUCAGAUAAUUAUAAUAAAACAAACUGAGUGUAAAUAGAAAGGUGUUAUUGGCCAAUAAAAUAGCUAUUUUAUAACAAA